UCCUUUUCUUCCACCUUACUAAACCAUAAAUCCAAUUAUCAUCCCUGCCUUUUUCUCUCACAAACCCUAAACCUAAUUGUAUAAGUUUUUAGACCACUGGUAAUAAUAAAUUCUAUAUGAUUGAGAGAAGUGCUACUUAUACACCUGAACCUAAAAAAAAGGGGAGUAAAUCCCACACGAUCCCUUCUUCUCUUUGCUCUAAAAUCGCAUGGCCCGUGUCGCCUCCUCGAGCGUGCCCGAGAAGUUCCGCAACUUCCAGCUCCAGCCGGCUUUGGAAGAUGAUGACCGAGAAAAAUUGGAGGAAUUUGACAUUUAUGAUGACAAUUUCAAUUGGUUUCUCAAAUUACAAUUUCUGAAAAAGAGGUCCAAGAUCAUUGAGAUUGUUGCAGCAAAGGAUGUUAUAUUUGCUUUAGCACAAUCUGGUCUCUGUGCUGCUUUUAGCCGGACAACAAAUAAGCGUAUAUGCUUCUUGAACAUAAGCCCCGAUGAAGUGAUCAGGAGCUUAUUUUAUAAUAAGAAUAAUGACUCUCUCAUCACGGUUUCCGUUUAUGCGUCAGACAGUUUCAGUUCCUUGAAAUGCCGGACCACUCCAAUAGAAUAUAUCAGAAGAAACCAGCUAGAUGCUGGUUAUUCUCUCUUUGAGACCGAAUCAUUAAAAUGGCCUGGUUUUGUUGAGUUUGAUGAUGUCAAUGGCAAAGUUCUUACAUAUUCAGCACAGGAUGGUAGUUACAAAGUGUUUGACCUGAAGAACUAUAACUUCUUGUACUCCAUGUCGGAGAAGAAUAUUCAGGACAUCAAAAUAAGCCCAGGCAUCAUGCUGUUAGUAUACUCGAGAACUCCUGGCUAUGUUCCACUCAAAAUAUUAUCAAUUGAAGAUGGAACAGUGCUGAAAUCUUUCAAUCACUUACUUCACCGCAACAAGAAAAUUGAUUUCAUCGAGCAGUUCAACGAGAAACUAUUGGUCAAGCAAGAGAAUGAGAACCUCCAGAUUCUCGACGUGAGGAACUCAGAGCUGGUAGAAGUCAGUAGGACUGAUUUCAUGACCCCCUCUGCGUUCAUUUUCCUCUAUGAGAACGACCUUUUCUUAACAGUCCGGAACGGGGCUGCCGCAGUUUGGAAUUUGCAGGGAGAGCUUGUCACCUCCUUUGAAGACCAUGUGCUUGGGCAACCUGAUUGCAUUGCUAGUAACAUUUACAUCACUAGCAACCAGGACCUGAUAAUCUCAUACUGCAAGGCUGAAAGCGAAGACGAGAGGGAAGGAUCUAUCAACAUGAGUCACAUCCUCAGCGGGAAGUGUGUUGCCAAGAUCUGUCCCCGUGAUCCAUCUCUACAGAUCGCGCCUCUCAACCAGGGCAACCCCGGCCGGUCUACCAUCAGGAGCACUAUAAGGGAAGCUCUUGAAGAUGUGACUGUGGUCUUCUACAACGAGGAUCGGAACGAAAUAUAUACUGGAAACAAGAAAGGCCUGAUCCAUGUUUGGUCACUUUCCUUUAGAGCCUCUUUAUAAUAUGCGUUUAACCUACCAACCCACGUUUCCCUGUGCUGUUCCUAAAAGUGUACCAGUUUUUUUUUUUUUUUUCCUGUUGAUCUUUUGAUGGCUCCAGGUUUUCUUAUAGAACACAUCAUCUAAUGAAAACAUCAACAUCGAUCACUAAUGUAUAAAGCACUCAAGUUUGAUUCUGAUUUUAAUUUCGUUCUUAUA